CAUCUAGUAUUCAAGUUCAGACGGUAACGGAAUCGUUGUAAGAGCAAAUCCCUAAGAAUCUUAAAAAAAAUAAAUUAAAACGAAAUGAAUGAAAAGUGUGUGUCAGGUAGUAUUCUAAUUACUGCCAUUGUAUGGGCAUUGUCGUUGCCAACUCAUGGUGGAGAGUUACCUACCGAAAUAACCAAAUGCAAGGUGGGAGACAAUGAUUGUGUACGAGAUAAAAUACAAGAAAUAUGCCGCAAAUACCCCAAAGGCAAUCCCAGUUUUGCUUUUCCGGACAUAAGUGCGCUUCGCAUGGAAAACAUUACCAUAACCCGGGCCAAUGACCGAUCGCCGUUGCAGUUGAAUUUUAAAUUUUUGCAUUUGAUUAAUUAUGGCAUAGAAACUAUUAAAAUCUUAAAAACCACUGGAUGGACCAAGGACCCCAAGAUUAUUGAAAUGGAGGGUGAAAUUCCUCUUCUUCGAUUGGUGGGCCACUACCAGGCGGAUGGUAAAAUUUUACUUUUUAACCUAAAUGGCGAAGGCGAGGCUAGUAUUGAGUUAGCCGAUUGCAGGGUCCAACUCAAGGCUCGUGUGAAACUGGAAAAGAGAAGUGAUGGAAAAAAUUAUCUUAAAAUUGUAAAAUUAACGGUUACCUUGGAACCUAAGAAGAGCUAUUCCAAACUAGAAAAUUUGAUAAAAGGUAAUAAAGAACUGUCGGAUAGUGUAAAUGACGUCAUAAAUGAAAACUGGCGAGACGUUUGGAAUGAACUGAGGACUGGCACCAAUGAUGUUACAUCUCAGAUAUAUUUUAAUAUUAUAGGCAAUGUUUUAGAUGUAUUAUCGUAUGAUGAUUUCUUUGCAGAAUAAAGUUGCUGUAAUUAAAACAAAAAAUAA